AUGGAUGAGGUGGAGAAUCCCACGCUCCCCUUAGCGCUGAAUGCAGAGCCCGAAAAGGUCGAUGCACCAAAAGCAACAGCAACAGCAGCAGCAAUUCUGCCCRCCCUUCCUGCCACUCGAGCUGCAGUGCCUCUCCGACCGACUUUGAUCCGGGAAGGCUCUGUACCACCACCCCAACAACCGCCGCCCGCCCCGCCAACUGGUCAGCAACAGUCUGCUGCACUCCCACCCGCGCCUUCAUCAUCCGACACGAUCGACUUCUCCCAAGAAGCGCCCGAUAGCUUGACCUUGGCAGAUCUCAAGCGGAUCCGCGGCAACUUCUUCUCCACUGCGCAAGCUCCACGACAGCAGCUGCAAGAGCACGAAAAGGUCUACGAUUUUGACUAUCAAGAUGCGCAGUCCUUCCCCGUGGAGCUGGAGGAAUGGUUCAGUUAUAGUGAGGAGGAAGAGUCGAAGUUGAGGACUUGCAGGCUUGUCUUCAACGAAGAAUGGAGAGGAGAUGACUCUGAGGACGGCGAUGGCAAGCUGGACUGGCUCGACGUUACCGAAGAUGCUCGGAGGGCAUUCCUACAAAAGUGGAUCGAUGGCCUGCAGGAUGUAUCCAACGAGCUGAAUGUGGCCAGAGCUCUCAGCGUUCUGACAUAUCUUGCUUUGGGUAUCUGGGAGGAGACGGCCGGGCGACAAGAGGGAUGUGCGUUGGAGGAGCUGUUUGGAGAUURCAAAUUGGGUGGGUCAAGGUUGGAGGAAUAUGACGGAUCAAGUCUGCAGAUCCAGUGGAUCGUGGCCAUGGUUGAUACCAUCCAUUCAUGCAACGGCUUUCAGACGAUUUACGACACGCUGCGACGAAUCUGCGAUCGUGAUUUCCAGUCGCUCGAACCCGAGAUCCCCUCUCGGAAUGAAUCCCAGAUACGUCGAGGAGGAGAGAGUACCGAGUUAUGGUGCUGCCUUACUUUGAUGUAUCUCUUCGUCGAUGUCGCACGCACGACCACCAACAAUCACAAACUCAAGGCGGCAGUUCUCGCUCUGGAACCCAAUUUCCUCAACUACCUCACCCAGAUAGUCGCCCGUCUACGCUGGGAUGAACAAGCGCCGGUUCCCUUGACGAAGAUGCUUCUCCUCGCCUGGAAAGCCAUCCUGGUGUCUUUUGGCGGAAUAGCCGAUGUUGAUGCGCUCAAGGCCACCCUCCGUACCGAUUCAGAUCCCUCAUCGGCGUCGGAGGAACGAAAGCUGGACGAUCGAGGCCAACCCAUCAUAACAGCAUCACCAUUGGACUAUCACCUCUUCCGUCAAGAAAUCAACUCCAAGUAUCCUGCGUACCAACCGCCAGCACCACUCUUUCCGCUGGAGCCGGAAAACAACAGCAUACUCCCACCACUAAAACAUCGCCGUCCUAGCCUUGCGGACUCGUCGUCGGGAGCUGCCGGCGGGACAUCGACGUCGAUCAUGCAUCAACCCGUGCAUAUUGCUACACCAGCACCAAGUCCGCCUCCCUCACCUGCUGCCCCGGGUAAAGCAGGGAAGAAACAGAAUUAUCAGACCAAUCAGAUGUUCCCCUUCCUCUAUCCGCCCCUCGAUGCCAGCAGUAACGCUCUGGGUGGUAAGGGAAGUACAGAGCUGCAAGACGCGCUGGUGGGGAGGAAAUGGGAAGGUUCUGAUGUUCCCACCAGUAUACUUGAAGCCGCUGAGCUGUUCGCCGGCCGCUGUCGGGCCACGAGGGGUAUGCGACAGCUUUGGGACGCCCGGAAUGCUUUCAUGGAAGAGGAGCGUGGUUGGAAGGAUGUCGAUGAUGCUGACGUGGAUGACUUCGAUCUCGGAGCAGAUUUCAACAUCAAUUUGGAAGAUCCUCCAACCAAAAUCGACAAGGAUACGAAGCGCAAGAUAUCAGUCAAGGCGGAAGGAGACGCAAACUCACUCACUGAUUCGCAACGUCUCCUCGAUAAGGUCAACGACUACUACCGAGACUCACUUCCGCACCUUCAGAGUGUCGUCAUCAUUCUUCUCAAGACCGUCUUGUCUAAUGUCACGGAUCUCGUUACUAAGGGCAAUGGAUCCAAUGGUCUUCAAGCAGGAAUCCAAUUUAACGACAUGAACAACGCACCCGACCUCACAAAUGGCGGUAUGGACACUAACAGUACGACAGCCGAGGAACUCGACAAGCUUCGCACUCAAGAGAUUGUGCAGAAAGCUCUCAGUGGUAUUCUAAUACUGCUCUGCAAGUGGUUCAAAGUCAGCCAUGUCUUGCAAUAUGAGUACUUCACCCAACUCUUGCUCGACUCUAACUACGUCCCGCUCGUGUUGAAGCUCUGGCAGACCCAAGAUAUCGGAAGAGCGUGUCAUUAUCGAGUCGAGCGGGCCGACAAAGGCUUCUGGUACUUCUGCCAUGCUACUUCUAGGAGGAGAAGGCCAUCUUCAAGUUCCUCCGAGGAAGACGACAUAGACGAUGCCAUCCCACCACCUAUUAAACUCAAGCGCGAGCCGUCUCCACAAAAAGCGGCGGAUGACAAUCACUCACCGGCUUUCCCAAGUGAAGUAGAGUCUCCUGAGGAAUCUGGCCCGCCAAGCGCAUCAUAUCCUCCGGAGAUUGACGAAUUAGGCUACCCAACAUCACCUCUGCCGCCUCUCCCAAUCAAAGUCUACAGCUUCCGAAACCUCUUCAGCAGUAUCAACCUGCUCCGUGUACUGCAAAAAGUCACACGCCGAAAGACACACCGUGCACUGUUACUCGUCAGCUACAAGAGUUCCAACCACCUCAAGAAGGGACUACGAAUUCCCGUCCCGAUGCUAAGACUGUAUACCCUCAAACUCUUCAAAUCCCAAGUCCCAUUCUGCGRACGAAAAUGGAGACAAGGAAAUAUGAGAAUCAUCACGGGAGUCUGGUUGGGUGUGAGGAGUGAAUUGCGAGACGAUUGGCUUUGUGGUGGGGGUGGAGGUAUGGGAGGAGGUUGGGUGGGGGAUGUUGACGGGAGUGUCGAGGAUGCUUUGCCGCUCGAGCAGAGUUUGAGGGCGCUGACGCAUUGGUGGAAUGUGAGGAAUUUUCCCAGUGUGAUGGGCAUAGAGAAGGGUAUGGCGGAGGCUGAGGGAGAUUAUUUUGCAAGGGAGCUGGAGAAGAUGGAGGGUGGGAGGGAGGUUGAUGGGAGUGAGGAUCCUAAUGGAGAGGAGGGUUGGACAGGACCUAUUGAAGGGUAUUGA